CGCAACCUACUCAAAGGUUAAAGGUAAGACGGAAUCACGGAAGUGAGCAUAUCCACAUGCAAGGAGUAGUAGGGCUUUUUCUGUGGAACAACAUGUCGAUGGCUGAAUUUGAAAAGGCUGCGGAUGAGGUGAGGAGGCUGACGGUACAACCUAGCUACGCUGAACUAGCAGUAAUAUAUGGUUUGUACAAGCAGGCGACACUUGGCAACGUCAACACGGAGCGUCCAGGAAUAUUUGACUUCCAAGGAAAAUCUAAAUGGGAUGGUUGGAAAGCACAGGAAGGAAAGUCCAAAGAAGAUGCCAUAAAAGAAUAUAUUGCCUUUGUGGAAGAAAUGAAAGCAAAGUAUCCAAUGUAGAGGUUAUCUUUAUGACAUUAGCGCACAUUCUUUCUUAGAACCAUUUUAUAAUUAAGCAAUAAGGCCCGAGGGGGUGUGGUAUUAUGGCCUCCGCUUUGCGUCGUGCCUAAGAACAGCUCUUAGCCAUGGUAUAUUGGUCAUAUACCACAAAUCCCAGAGGUGCCUUAUUGCUAUUAUAAACUGGUUACCAAUGUAAACAUUACAGUAAAAAUGUCAUAUCCGUGGUAUAAGAUCUGAUAUACCAUGGCUGUCAGCCGAUCAGGACUCGAGCCACAGUUUAUAAUAAGUUACAAUGAACAAGAAAAGGGACCAAAUCUGAGAUUUUGCAUGGGUAAAGUGUUUAGAGACAACCAAGAUGACUGGUCUAACAAACUCUCAAUUUGUUGUUUAUACUGUUGAAAAUGUGCAGCCCUUGAUCUGGGUAUUUAUUUCAGAAAAUGUCAAAUUUUUUAGAAAACACAGUACAUUGGUGCAAAAGAACAUUAAAUUAUGUUUCUUCAAAGUAUAAUAAAAAGUGAGAAUUUUCAA